AGGCCUGGCGGGGAGGGAGGUGUGGGCUGGAGAACCCGGAGGUCCCCUCUCCGCGCCAUGCAGGAGGGGAUGCUGCGCACCCCCGGCCGGGUGCCGCGGGAGGCCGCCCCCCGCAACAAGUGCCAGGUGCCAUGGCAACGGCGGGAAUUUCCCGGUCGGGGAGGCCGGAAGCGGCCCCCGCCGAGCUCGCGGCUGAGAAAGCAAAAUCCGAUCCUUCUCCCGGGGGAGCAAAAUGGACGAAAGGCGACCCCCCAGGCAGGGGAGCAGGGCGCCUCGGGAAACCCGGGAAUCCCUUCUCUUUCCGGGGCAACGCAUUGUCAGUCGGAGGGGACUAACGGGAUGAAGGCGAGGAGAUCCGGUCAGCGCUGCCCCCCGGGGGCCUCGGCGCCGGGCGCAGCCGGCCAGCGCAGCGUAGCGCAGCGCAGCGGGCUCCAUUCCCGGCCGCCGCCGCUCAGCCCGUUGCGCAAACCCGCAGGUCCUCCCCGCCCGGCUCGGCCACCGCCGCUGAAAGCCGGGAGGCGGGCUGGGGCGCUCCGGGUAUCCACAGCGGGCUAAAAAAGACCACGCACGCCACUCCGCCUAGACCCCCGCUGGGGCCACAGUGGUUCAGCCCCCAGAGCUGGUAGCCGCCCCAGACUGAAGGGGGGGGCGCCCCCUCCCCCUUUUAGCUCCAGCUCCCGCUGCAGCAGCUGUUGCCAAAUGAACCCCGGAAUGGGGACGUGCAACCCACCCCCAGC